AUUCAUAGCGGUUGAGCAAGCUCGCUUGUGUUGAAAUUAUUUUCUCUCAUUGUUGGUUUAAAUUUUGUCAGAGCUACAUGUCUUACAGCAAGCAAAUGCCGGGUCAAGGAAACAAGCACAAUCAAGGAGGCUCCUCAAACCACAAAGGUGGUAAUAUGGACAGGAACAAGGGCAAACACGCAAGACCACAUCAAAAACAAGAACAGCCUGUCGUUGAUGAGAGCUUGCCGUCAGAUGUUGGUGGUGAAGACAACCCAGUGCAACAAAAAGUGGAGAAGAAAUUCUCUGGACGAUGUCGCCUUUUUGUGGGAAACCUUACAAACGAUACGGACGAAGAAGAAUUCAAAAAGAUGUUUAAAAAGUACGGCGAUGUUUCUGAGGUGUACCUCAACAAAGAGCGUGGAUUUGGUUUCAUCAGAUUGGAUACAAGACUAAAUGCAGAAAUGGCAAAAUCUGAACUAGAUGGAUCCACAAGAAGGGGUAGAGUUUUACGUGUCAGAUUUGCUACGCAUGGGGCAGCUCUACGCAUUCGUAAUUUGCACCCAGUUGUAUCCAAUGAACUCCUGGAACAAGCUUUCUCACAAUUUGGUGUAAUUGAAAGAGCUGUUGUUAUUGUUGAUGAUCGUGGUAGACCAACUGGUGAUGGAAUUGUAGAGUUCUCACGAAAACCUGGUGCACAAAAUGCACUGAAAAGGUGUAAAGAGGGCUGCUUUGUUCUUACCACCACCCCAAAGCCCAUCAUUGUAGAACCACUCGACCAAAAAGAUGAAGAAGAUGGUUUACCAGAAAAAAAUGUUCAAAAAAAUGCUACUUAUCACAAAGAAAGAGAAGGUAUUCCUAGAUUUGCUGCUCCGGGUUCCUUUGAAUAUGAAUGGUCCUGUAAGUGGAAACAACAGUAUGAAUAUGAACAAGAACAAUUAGAAUUAUUGAAGAAACAACAAAUGGAUGGUCGUGAUAAGUUGGAUUGCGAGAUGGAGUCUGCAGCUGGUGAACGUCAGGCGAUGUUAAUGAGACAGGAUCUUAUGAGAAGGCAAGAAGAACUUAGAAGAUUGGAAGAAAAUCGUAGAGAUAUGGAAAGAAGGCGUCAAGAAGAGUUCAAGAUGAGGGAAGAACAACGCCGAAGAGAAAUGGCUGCCAAGCAGGAAGAUAUGAUGAGGCGUCGUGAUAGUGACUUGCGCAUGCAACAAGAGUCUUUGAUGAGACGGAGGCCUGAUGACAUGGUUUUACAGAGAGAUCAAGCAUUGCAACAAGAUGAUAUGAAAAGACAAAUGUUUUUACAGUCAAGAUCAAUGGGCUAUAACAAGCAAGAGGCCUUGCGUAAUAUGGGUGGUGGAGGCAGUGUUGGUGGCAAUAACAGUGGAGGUUCUGCUAGCGGUGCAGGAGGAGGUGGAAACUCAUCCGGUGGCCCACAAAGCUUGAUGGGUUCACAAAGAGGAUUAAAUAAUUCAGGCAGUCCAGCUUCAUUGAUGAGUGUUCAAAGCCCACUUGGAGGACCGCGCCAGUCUAGGUUUGAUCAGCCCCCUCGUCAAGGUCCUAGUCCACUAGUGUCUCGCUCAGGACCAUCAGGUCCAAUGGGUGGUGGCAACAAUGGUCCAAGGGGAGGUAUAGACGAUAUGCAAGGAAGACGAAGUUUUGAUCGCAUGGAUAUGGAUCGACGAGGCCCAAUGGAUCGCCAAGAUGAUUUUGCUUCAAAGCGUAUGCGUCAUUAUUAGAUUGCACUGACAUUCAAAGAACAUUAAUUUCCAAAGUAUAAAUACUUGUUGAACAGAUAUUUUAGUAACGUCCAGAUUUGCGGAUUUGCUGCAGACUUUCUUCUGUUGUAGCUGCUUAGCAGUGUUGAUUUUGAAGCUUGUAUAUGCAAGUCAAUCGAAGAAAUACGAUGUUUUCUAAGGCAUCAUUACCCUUGCCAUCAGUAUUUCUGUUAGCCAAACUUUCUGUUAGCCAAUUUUUUUUAUUCUUUAUUUACUAUUUAAUCGUGUUUCCUAAGUAUAUAAUACCUUUUUAUAUGUAAUAGGUGUCUUCAAAUUUUAGAUGUAUCACAAAUGCGUUAAUCGUGACAUUGAAAUGCUGGAUAAUAUUGUUUUUCAUGAAAAUUGCGCUUAAUAUUUUACCAUAAGUAAGUUUGGCAGUGGAUAACAAUCGUGACCAGUGCUCUACUGUUGAGAUUCAAGUCGUUGUUAGUCAUUUCUAUUUGAUAUCUUAAACCAACAAAGACAAAAUAGUUGUAUUAGUUUUAUUGAGAGUUGAAUUGAAAUAAACCAGUAUAUAAUUCUUCAGUAA